GAAUCAUGAUGUGCUAUUAAUGCCCCUCCUCUGAAGUUAUCUCAAAUUUCCCUACUUCCUCUUUCACCCCAAACCUUCCCCGCUGUCAUCUUUCAUAUACAAGCAGAGAGUUACUGUUAAAACAUGUUUGUAGUUUUGUGGCAAUGGAGGACAGUGGAGUCCGAUCUCGAAACACUGCGCAGGAAAAGCAGGGGAACGCAGACAGAAGGGAGUUGCUGUCCACGAAGCCUUUGCAUCGUUUUGUCCAGAAAGAGCCCAAAAGUCUCGGGAUUGUGCUUCUGAUGUUUGGAUGCGCAGAAUUCCUUGCUGGGUUUCUGAUGAGUGGUCAUGGUUUUAAGUUUAAGAUCUCCAAUUACGUCUAUACUCCCUUCUGGCAAGGAGCUCUGUUUACAAUCUGUGGAUCUCUGUCCAUUUACACUGGGAUACAUCCAUCCAAGAAGAUGGUUACAGUGUGUCUGUGCAUGUACGUGGUUUCCCUGAUGGGAGUCAUCGUCUCCUCUGGCUUCAGAAUCUGGUCCAUGAUUGUGCUGGAUUUGAACCACAGGCACCCAGAUAGUGAAUGGCUUAAAAGAAUAGCAGAACUUCUGACUGGUAUUGAGGCCGUACUCUUCGUCAGCUCCUUGUGUGUGUUUGUGCUGCUCAUUUUCUUGUGUGUCGUCGCUCGGUUAGCUCUAAAGUCGACACGCACCCAAAUUGUUCUUCACCAGAUCCCCCCACCAGUAACCGAGACACCAACAGAGUAGACCUAUCAAUCUAUUUUUUUUCCUGAUGAUGCUUUUAAAAACCUAAUUCACUGCUCAAAAUCUGACUUUCUCUCUUUGUCUUAAGAUGGAAUCUAAUACAGUAUUAAUGGGCCGGAUAUUUUGAACAGUACACUACU